GGCUGGUAGGAACCUUUCCCCACCCCUUUCUGUCCUCACAUUUCCCACCCCAGGUAGAAAACAAGAGCACUUCCGGGUUUAGUAGCAAAAGAGUGGGGCAUGCACAGGGAGAGAGAGCGCAAAAGGAACGAAGAGGGGUGGAGCGUAAAGAAUGAGGGACAAAAGAAGAAUGUACUGAGACAAACAGGAAAAGGAGUUAUUGAUAGAUCAACAGAUGUGGAGAGGUGUUAGAAAGUGCAUUGCUGGUAAUCCCUCUUCUCUACUCCCACCCACCGCCUCACAGGCAGAUUGCAAGCAGGUUCCAUUUCUCCUCAAUGAGGUCUUGUAUGUAUUGGACAAAAGCGUCUGGUGAGGGGGUGAGUCAGGUACUUUUAAGGAAAAAAUGCAUUUCAAAGCCCUCUGAAUUUGUCUUGUUUUUGCAGCAGUUAUAAAUUUGUAUUCCUUCCCCAUUUCAUUUAUAUGGGAUGUGGAGUUAUUUAAGAGUUUUCUUUCCCCUUCCCCUUUAAAUGGUAGAUAUACAAGGGAAUGGGAAAAUUGCAAUACAAUCCAAACUGUCCUUAAGCCUUUGAAGUGAUCCAGUUGGUGUGGAAUUUUAGUCUGCUUAAACUGCUUCCUUCUGGAAAUGCAGGGCCUGUUUCUUAUGCCCCCCUUUUUCCAAAUAGCACUUCCACAGUUUUCCUCCUCCUCCUUCCACUCUCCACAUUCCUGAAACAGGUGAAAUUGUUUUGGCAUCCUUUAUUCCACUUUGAGUUCAGGUUUCCCCACCCACCCCCAACCCUUUUUUGUCUUCUGAUAUCUGAGGGUUGGAGAAACAUAACUAUAUAAAGGAGGUGGGAAACUGGGUAUCUUCUAUGAGUCAUCCACAGCCAGUUUGAUGAGAACUUCAGAGUUGGAAAAAUUCCUUGGUAAAUGUUUAAACUCUCCCCAAGGAUGAAAUUACUUUGCUGGAAACAAGAUUGUCUGGCUCUGCAUCUGAAACAACACCUGUUCUUGCUAGACAAUACAGGAUUUGACCUAUGUUAGCUUUUAUCCCUUCCUCUCUCCUCUGCUCUCCACCUGACUGUAGGGCAUACUGCUUUCUUGUUCCAAAUCUGUAGUAGCUCAGACAGGUCAGUUUUCAUUCCUGUGAACUUUAAUUAUUAUCCUGCCAAAUAUUUUUCCCUUUGUGGAAAAAGAGGUUGUGGCCUAUGUGUCUGUUUUUCUUUCUUUCUUUUAAAACCUAUUUGGUUUUCUGACACCAAAGUUCUUUCUAAAUGGAAGCGAGGAGAGCUCUGGAAAGCACUUGAGUCUAAGCUGUGGAGGAAGUUUCUUAGUUAAAGGGUUGCAUCGGCUUAGUAGGCUGAGGGGAAAAUGUGGAGAUGAAAAUAUUUUAAACCCUGCUCUUCAAAUCCAGUGCCCUGGGGGAGAGGUGAGGUUUCCACUAGCUUAGAACUGGUUGCUUAAGAAGCACUUUAAAGAGGAGCAAGCAAAACCGCAAAGCUGGGGCUUCGUGGAGAGAUGAACUUGGUUUUGGGGGCAUGUCGGGAAGGCUCCGAGACCCUCCUCCAUGGGGAAUUUGGGGCCUAUCCCCCCAAAGGGACUCGUUAUGCCCUCAGCCUCACACGAACUGAAUUGCACAUCCAGCGCCUGGUGCCCAAGCCGGACACGGAUCACCGGACUGUACUGCGACUGAUUGAUGUGCUGGGAUGUCACACAAUGCGCAGCCAUAUGAUUGCGAACCAGUCAGCCUACUUCUGUGUCUAUGCUUACCCACUGAAGAAGAAGAAGGUGGCAGUGGGCUCAGGACGGGCACGGCAUCGGGCUGCAAAGACUUUCCAGGUUGAUAGUGCAGAGUGCUAUGAGGAUAACCAAGUGGUUGCAGAGAAAUGGGCGGCUGCCAUCAAGUGCCUGGUGUUGGGAAUUCCCAUCUCCAGUGAAACAGAGAUCACUCGUAGCCUCCUGCCACGUCCUCGUCGCCUGCUCCUCUUGCUCAACCCUUUUGGAGGCAAGGGAAAUGCCCUGCAGUGGUGCCAGAGUCACAUCCUCCCCAUGAUAACAGAAGCCGAUGUCAGCUUCAACUUGAUCCAGACAGAGCGACAGAAUCAUGCUCGAGAGCUAGUGCAUGGCAUCAGCUUAGCCGAGUGGGAUGGCAUCGUGGCCAUUUCAGGAGAUGGGCUUCUUCAUGAGGUUAUUAAUGGCUUAAUGGAACGGCCGGACUGGGAAGAAGCCAUAAAAAUGCCCCUUGGGAUCCUGCCCUGUGGGUCUGGAAAUGCACUUGCUGCAGCUAUUAACUGCAGCGCUGGGUUUGAGCAGGUCUUGGGCCAGGAACUACUUACCAAUUGCACCCUCUUGCUCUGCCACGGGGCGGUGUCCCCCUUGGACCUGGUGUCUGUUACCACCUCGUCAGGCUCCCGCUCCUUCUCCUUCCUGAGUGUUGCUUGGGGCUUCAUCUCUGAUGUGGACAUUGAGAGCGAGAAGUACCGCCACAUGGGCUCGGCCCGGUUCACCCUGGGAACAAUGGUCCGCUUGGCCUCCCUUACCACUUACCGGGGCCGGCUGUCUUACUUGCCUGCUCUGGAUCGCACGGCCCACCGUCCCAUCUUGCGCAGCAUCACCAUGGCCGCCAAUGGGAGCCUCCCUUUCCAGCACAUGCCUCUCCACCGCACAGUCUCCGACAUGGGACUCUGUGAGGAACGCCACACCUUCUGCUUUCGGGGGGUGGAGCCUGCUGAUGAGCCUAUCCCCUCGCCCAGCUCCCCACCUUGCUCCUCCGGCUUCCACUCUUCCAGCUUCAACUUCAAGACCCUGACAGAGCAGCUGAUAUCUGAUGGGAAGAGGUUCCAGGGGACAAACACAGCAAUGGCCACUCCCACCAAUUCUUCUGCCCGGCAGAUGCGUGGCCCACCAGAUGACUUCCUGGCUCCACUUGACCAGCCAGUGCCCAAGUCAUGGGUGACGGUGGAGGACGAUUUUGUAUUAGUGCUGGCUAUCUACCAGACUCACUUGGGUGCCGAUUUGUUCACAGCACCCUUUGCCUGCUUUAACGAUGGCCUCAUCCAUCUCUGUUAUGUCAAGGCAGGCAUCUCUCGGGCAGCUCUUAUACGCCUCUUCUUGGCCAUGGAGAAAGGCACUCACUUUGAGCAGGAAUGUCCACACCUUACUCUCUUACCUGUCCGGGCCUUCCGCAUCGAACCCCUCACCCGCAAGGGCAUCCUCACCAUUGAUGGCGAGAGGGUGGAAUAUGGCCCCAUCCAAGGACAAGUCCACCAUGGGGUCGCCAAACUAAUCACUGGAAGCAACCGGGUUAAAAUCACGACCUUCUGACCAAGGUUCCCACCAUCUCCCUUGCUGGAGCAUGUAGCAAAGGACUGUUCAUUCUCUUCUAUCUCUUUGCUGGAAGAGAGGCUGAGGAGGAGGAAAAAAACUCUCUAACUUGCAAUACCCCCUUCAGCCACCAGAAGGCAAGCUGUUUAAAACCACCGGCUCUUCUAGGCGCAUACCAUAUUUCCCCUUAAUGAGAUAACAACAGACCUUGGCCACCUUCCCCCCCCCCUUACCCAUAAUGCUCUGCUGCUGGUCGCAAGGAAUGCAUUCCACCCCUCCCCCACGUAGACCUAUUUUGGAAACUGGUUUUACAUCUUUCCUUGAGGGAUUAAUUUGACUACAGGGACUAAUCUAAGGUAUACAACGGUUUGAUGGAUGAUCCUCUCCUCCCACAUGGUUAUUUUGAAAGACUGUUCUUAUCUGCUCUCAAGAGGGAGCAACAUGGCUAAAGAGGCCAUUUGUGUGGAUCAGGUGGAACAGAGUCCGUCCCCCGUCUGCUCCCUCAUCUUCCCACAAGGAGUAGCUCGUCUAGUAUGGGGCAGCAGGUUUAAAAAAUUUCAACUCCUCUACAAAUGCAUUUGGUUCAAUAUAUUUCCUGACCUAGUAUAUUUCCUUUGGCCACUGUAGUCCAGCGACAUCUGGGGACCAAAGUUUGGGAACUGCUGGAUUAGGGAAUUGGUGGGGGGGGGAUCUUUGGGGCCAGGGAAUACACAUACACCACAGCAGCCUCCUUGACUCUCUCAUCUGUGGGACCAACACCCUCCUCCUUCAGUGUUCUUCUUUCCUUGUAUGUGGGAGUUGCUCCAUGCCUUUAGUUGCACCAUACACAUGCCUUGUGCAGAAUGGGAGCCCUCUGACCCCUUACCCAGAAGGCUACCCUCAAGUCCUGCUCUCACUCCAUCUUUUGCCCAUGUUCCACAAAAGGAAGAAGGUCGGAACUGAGCAACUCAAAGCCUCAUUUGAUAUUCCUUGUCUCUCAACCAAUUGCACAGAAGGGGCUGUGUGUAUAUACAAAUAUCUACAAUGAAAAGGACUUCUGAAGCUGGGAAGUGAAUGUAAGAGGCAGCCCUCAAAACCAUUGCAGACGACUGCUUGUGGGUCUCCCUUUUAAGCUCUUUGCAUAAUGGGUCCCAGUAAUUUCACCUCCCCUCCUGGUUUACAGGACGGGGAACCCACCAGCUCUUAGCAGCUGCAUUUGGUUCUUCCACUGCCCCUUCUGCAGGGAGUGAUCUAGUUUGGGGGAAGGAAGAGACCGCCUUCUUGUUGGUCUCUUCUGGCGUAUAUUUGCCGCCCCCUGGGGGUAUAGUGGAUGGGAGUGGGUUCAACUCCCAUUCCUCAUGUGGAUGAUCUCUGCCCCAAUCUGGCUCUUUUGGGAAUACCCUUGAUGAAUGUAACUCGAAUUUUUUUCUUGACAAGAGGAGUUUAAUUUUGAUAGGAUGGUUAUUUUUCCCCCACUGUGUGGGGGUUAACAACCAAUUAAAAUGAUGUAAUACUGUAA